AUGAGCAUAACUCAAAAUAACAACUUGUGGGUUGAGAAGUAUCGUCCAAGGCAGAUAGCCGAUAUAUAUCACCAAACUGAGGUUGUCAAGAUGCUUAAGAAUGUAUUGGAAUUUGGUAAUAUGCCACACCUACUUUUCUAUGGACCUCCUGGGACAGGUAAGACAUCUGCAAUUCUUGCUCUUUGUCGUGAACUAUUUGGAAACGAUGAAUUUAGAAAUCGUACAUUGGAACUGAAUGCAUCUGAUGAAAGAGGAAUUAAUGUAGUUCGUGAGAAAAUUAAGACAUGGACUAGACAAGUGGUGUACAGUAAUAAGAUAAAUCCCAUUACAGGAAGGAAGAUACCUCCAUGGAAAGUUGUCAUUUUAGAUGAAGCUGAAAUGAUGACAUCAGAUGCUCAGUCAGCCUUAAGACGUAUAAUAGAGACAUCUGCUAAAAAUACGAGGUUUGUAAUUAUAUGCAAUUACAUUAACAAGAUUAUUGAACCUCUGGCAAGUAGAUGUGCAAAAUUUAGAUUUCAGCCGAUAUCAUUCAAGGCUCAAAGAGAACGACUAAACUUUAUUUGUCAGCAGGAGAAUAUAAUCUGUGAACCUGAGGUAUUUGAUAUUCUGGUUGACUUAUCUCAGGGUGAUUUAAGGAGAGCUAUAACUAUACUACAGUCUACAUGUGAGUUAUAUAGCGAAGAAGAGAUUGUAAAAGCUACUUCGGUCAUAGAAGUUGCAGGUAUUCCUCCUUUAAGUGUUGCUGAAGGAAUUAUGAACUUUUGUUUUACUAAAGAUAUUGACAGUAUAGUUCAGAAAACAACAGAUACUAUAAAUGAAGGAUGGGAUGUUGCUACAAUCAUAAGACAACUAGUUUUAUUAAUAACUGAAAAUAAGGAUUUGGAUGAUGCCAAAAAGGCAUAUUUAGCAUUACGCUUAGCAGAAGCAGAUGCUUGUAUAACAGAUGGCUCAAAUGAAUUUCUUAUACUACUUAAUAUAUGUUCGAAUAUGCACAGUGUAAUGGCAUGA